ACAUAAAGCAUCGACCUAACAACUAACAGACGUUGAGGCAAGGGGCCAAGUGGUAAUUUUAAUGGCAACCAAAUCCCCGGAGAUACCCGCCGAGACACCGUCUUCCGCCGCGGAACCAUCUCAACCUCAAAUUCAAACUCAACCUCCGACUUCUACUCCGCCUCUUCCUCCUACGAAACCACCACCACCACCACCGCCGACGCCCAAACUGGAAGCUCCCUUACCAGAGUCCAAACCCUCUAUCGACACCACCUUAAUUCAUAUCCCAUCUCACUCGAGAUGGUUCUCAUGGAAUUCCAUUCACGAAUCCGAAAUCAGAAACAUUCCCGAUUCUUCCAAAAACCCUAGGGUUUACAAAUACUACAGAAACUCAAUCGUCAAGUUUUUCAGAUUCAAUCCCAAUAGAAAAAUAACCUUCACCGAUGUUCGCAAAACACUCGUCGGAGACGUCGGUUCAAUCAGGAGAGUCUUCGAUUUCCUAGAAGCUUGGGGUUUAAUCAAUUACCAUCCUUCUUCUUCGCUCGCAAAACCUUUCAAAUGGGAAGAUAAAGACACCAAAACCGAAUCAGCUUCAAAUUCCACUGAUUCUCCUCCAGCUCCUAUCAAAGAAACCGCUAAGAGAAUCUGUAGUAACUGCAAAAAUCUCUGCGCCAUUGCUUGCUUUGCGUGUGAUAAGAAUAAUAUGACUCUAUGUGCGAGGUGUUUUGUUCGCGGCAGCUAUAAAGUUGGGACGAGUAAUACUGAUUUCAAGAGAGUGGAGAUAAGUGAGGAAACCAAACCUGAUUGGACUGAGAAGGAAACACUGAAACUUCUUGAAUGUAUUACGAAUUUUGGUGAUGAUUGGAAGAGGGUUUCUCAUCAUGUUAUUGGUAGAACUGAUAAGGAAUGCGUUGCUCGCUUUCUCAAGCUUCCUUUUGGUGAUCAGUUUGUGCAUUCUCAACGCCUCGAGUCUGCUCAUCUCGAUGAUGAUGGUUGUUCUGAUCCGUUGAAGCCUUCCGUUGAUGCUGGAUGUGAAUCAGAAACUGCUGGCUUGGAUAGAUCUAGUAAGAGAAUGCGUCUCACGCCUCUUGCCGAUGCAAGCAAUCCUAUCAUGGCGCAGGCUGCUUUCCUUUCUGCUUUGGCAGGGACAGAGGUUGCACAAGCUGCAGCUCAAGCUGCUCUGACAAGUUUGUCCGAUGUUUACAAGUCAAGUAGAAUUAAUCAUCGGUCAUUUCCAAAGCAAGAUGCUGGUGUUGCAUCAAAUGGCGUUAAUGCUUCAGAUUCUAUCCAAGGAUCUCUACUGCGUGCAAAUUUAGAGCGCGAGAAGGAAGAAUCAGAUGUAGAAAAAGCAAUUUCUGAGAUUGUAGAAGUUCAGAUGAAAAAUAUCCAGGACAAGCUUAUCAAUUUUGAAGAUUUAGACCUGUUAAGGGAAAAAGAAUGCCAGCAGUUAGAGCAAGCGAAGAGUUUGUUUUUCCUUGAUCAGCUUAAUCUUUUAUUUCGCAAAACAUCCGCAUCAACAACCGGAGAAGGAAAUCAUGUAAAAAGGAAUUGAUGACUGACUAGUCUUAGUUAGCUAUUGAUCUUAGGUUAAGCUGAAUGUAUUCAAUUUCCAUUUGGUUGCAAAGUCAACCUAGUGUCUGUUCAAUAUUGUCAGUUAAAACUACAUAUCUCAUAUCCAUGGAAGGAUUUUCGUUAUAGAUUGUCAGCUUGCUUACACAUUUCGCUACCGCAAUUGUAAGUAGGGGUAGUGAAAUGAGAAAAAUUGGUAUGAAUAGUACUGUAAAAUUCUUGAAGUUGUGUUUUAUAGUUUUAAACAUCCAUUUCUAGGAAGGAACUUUUAAAAUUUAUGUAUACUACAUUGUUAUUGCUUGCUUUGAAUGGAGUAUUUUUUUCUUCAA